UGUGGCAUUUGCUUCGACUACUUCAGCAUCGCCGUGAUCAUCCCGCAGUGCUCGCACAACUAUUGUUCCCUUUGUAUCCGCAAGUUUUUGUCCUACAAAACUCAGUGUCCAACAUGCUGUGUGGCAGUCUCGGAAUCUGACCUGAAAAACAACMGGCUGCUAGAUGAUCUAGUGAAGAGCUUUAAUUCUGCAAGACAGCAGCUGUUGCAGUUGGUGCUGGAUGCUCCAUCCACUCCAUCCUCUCCAGUCUGCAGCCAGCGUGCAGCUGCUGAGAGCCACGUCAGGAGUCCUGGUUGCCAGCCAGAUUCCAGGGAGGUGCCAGUCACUGACAGCUCCUCAAAGGACACCUUGACAAAGGCAGGUGGCCUGGAAGGGGCUGAUCAGAAGAGCUGCAAAACUGAGGAGCUCCAGGAGCUUCAUGGCACUUCUGCAGAGGAUGGUGGUAAAGACARCAAAGUGGGAUCACAGGAGAUUCCUGAGUGUGCCAAAAGUCAUGAAAAGCCUUCUACGUCUGUGGUGAAAGGAGACAAGAAAGUGGAAUGUCCUGUUUGUGAGGUUCCUGUUCUAGAGCAAUAUAUAAACAAACAUCUGGACAGCUGCUUGAGCAGAGAGGAGAAGAAGGACAGUCUCCGAAGUUCUGCUCACAAAAGGAAGCUGAUGUCCAAAGUUGUUUAUAACCUGCUGUCGGAUCGAGAUCUGAGGAAGAAGCUCAAGGAGCAUGGUCUGUCCACCUCUGGCACCCGCCAGCAGCUCAUCAAGAGACACCAGGAAUUUGUGCACAUGUACAAUGCUCAGUGUGAUUCCCUGAACCCCAAAUCAGUUGCAGAGCUUGUUAAAGAGCUGGAAAAGAAUGAGAAGAUUCGGCUUCAGCUUGAGUGUAAUAAASCUGGUGAAAAUAGCCUGAUCUUCAAAAAAGACCAGACAGAGAAAGAGAUAGAUGAGAUCCAUGCUGAAUACCGAAACAAACACAGAAGUGAAUUCAAGUUUUUAGUGGAUCAAGUAAAUAAACAGUGGAAGAAAAAAGGUGAGAAGAAAGCAGGAAGUGCYCAAAUCAAAGAGGAAGUCACUGUCAAAGAGCUGCCAACAGCCACAGAACCUAGUGAAGAGCAUCACACAGCUGUUGCUGUUGGAAAAGCCCAGGAASUCCCCUCAGAAAUUGCUGAUGGCCAAAGUGAGUCUGAGUGCUUGAAGGAAUGCCAGAGAUCAGCCUCUCCUGAAUUSUCACUGUCCCCUGGCUCAACAAGCAGCACCAAUUCGGACAUUUUGGCAGAUGUGGAAGCAUCUGAGACGUGUUCAGCAUCCUCUUGCAGCAGCAGCCCCAGGGCUCUGACAGGGAACAAGAGGAAGCUGCGCCGGCYGAGAAUGCCAGAGAACGAUGGAGGAAUUCCCUGCAGCAAGAGGAAAAGGAGCUAGAGCUGCAGGAAUGGCUGAGGCUCCGUGCUGGGAAACACCUCCUGGCUUUUUCUCAUUCUCAGAGUGUCUGGGUACUGAGUAAAACGCUGUAUUUUCACAUCACUGCCAUCCCAGAUGCCUUAAUGCCCAGACUGGUGGGUUUGCCCACASCCUGUGGGCUGUUGAUGUUUGAGAUUGGGCACAAAGUGCCAGAGCCCUGUGGAGCCUGAGCUGGCUCUGUGCCACCAAUUCCCCCUCUGGUACAGGACAUAGUGUGUGUGUGACACUGUUCCUGCUCACAUGCACAGAAACCUCCUCUCCCUGCAGCAAGCACUGUUCUGUUUGGGGCUGGGCAGGUUUUGGUGCCCUGGUUCCCUGACACAGCCUGGGAGGGGGAAGGCAGGGACUGAGGAAUGCAGGGACAAUUCCUCCUACAGAAAUAGGCCUUUUAUAUAUGUCUGUGUAAACUUACUGAGUUAUUAUGUGCUAUUAUUUUAGUUUGAAGUCCUGAAACUGGAAAGAAGUUGGUAGGUCAUUGGAUGUGAAGUAUUCCUUGUUUUCAAACRAAUAAUUACAUUGAAAAGUCUGAUUUUCCUUAGGAGAUGGUGGAAUUUUGUAAGGCAAUAAAGCAAUGAAAGAAAAUGAAAGUUAACCUGCACACCAGGGAAGGCKUCUAAAAAUAAAGCUUGUAAGCUAAGAAUGAAAAAUACCUCAGGUGCUUUUGCUGAGCCCUGAAGCUUUUGUCAGUGGGAGCUUGGCAAAGAAGGCACAAAACCUGGGUGAGAUUGAGGGUUGUUGUUGUGUCUCAACUUCAGACUGUAGCUGGGAUUGAAAAAUAAUCCUCAAGCCAUGGUUCCCAGGAAUAUUUGSAUCAGGCUAAAUUGUGGCAGCUACAAACCACCAUUACUUCAGGAGUGGAGGAGAUGCAAAGCAGGAAUCUGGUCGUGUUGGUUUGGUUUUUUUACUAAAACAUUUUGAAAGACAAAAACUGUUGUAUCUCCUUUAGGGCUGCCUUUUUGUCACAGCAUCUCACAUAAGGCAUUGACAUUGAUUUCAGUGGGCCAUUGAAUUGUAAUAAUACUGUAAAUUAGUGUUGUAAAGGGCUUUCUGCAGGCACUACAAAGCAGCUGCUGUUGUGAGGGAAGGGACUGUCUGGGGACAAUGCAGGACAUGAGUCCUGCACCAUCGCUGAUGGGGUCACUGCUGUGGCUGCAAUUUCAUUGAAAAUGAGCUCAAGAGCCACAGGAGCUGUGGCAAUUUCUUGGUGUAGCAGAAGAGAGAAAGCAGCUGGUGCAUUAAACAUGGGCAUGAAUCAACCUGGUUCACCCACAACCUGUGGAGGGUAAUUUUUGUUCUGUCACUUACUGUUGUCAUCACCGUUUAAAGGCUGAACUGGUGACUUUUGCCUGAGAUGGAGCUUUUGCCCUCUGUUUUGUGAGGAGCUGUGGGUGCUGGAGCAGGGUGAUGGUAUUUGCAGAGUUGGGUGGGGUGUGUGAUGUGUUACACAGUGCCCGAAGUGCUGGGGGUGCUUAGGAAAAAAACGUGGAUUUGAUGUUCCAACAGCUCAUUCCCACCCUGAUGGGAUGGAGUGGGUGCCCGGGCAGGAUCCAGUCUCUCACAGUGCCAGGGCCACCUCCAGCCACAGGCAAGUGCCAGGGUGCUGCUGGCUCCAGCCUUUGCCAGGAGUGGCUGCUGAUCCCCUGGGUGCUGYCAUUAAUGCUUGUUCCACAUCUCASCAGCCCRGGAUUCRCAGGAAUUGGGUAACGUAAAGGAAAAAACAACAGGGCAGGAAACACAGUGUCCUCCCCACGCUGUGCUGUCCCCUGCUCCUCGUCACAGAGUCAAGGGCCAAGUGAGAGCAGUUGGGGACUUGUGAGCAGCCAGGCUGGGGACAGAGGUGACAGCCCAGAGGAGCCAGGGCGGCGUUGGACAGUGCUGAUGCACGGGGUGAUGCUGCAAUGGGUCCUGCUGGGGCUGGACAUGGCCCAGUUGUUGUGGAGGGGGUAACCCCCGUUGUGUUGUUGGAGUAAUCACAGAGUUACUGCAUUUUCCUUGUGCCUUUUCAUUGGGYUGAUUGUGAGCAGUAUUUGUCACCACCCACAGCUCAUGCCUUGUACUGGGCU